GCUGCGUCUACUCGAGGGUGAACAGUGAGUCGCAGGAGAGCGGCGGGCAGCUGAGGACACGGCGGGAGGCACACGGCGAUGCCAUGUAGCUUCACGUCAUGUCCCGCACGCUGCCAACCCGGCCCCGCGGCGCGACAACCCCACUCUUGCCUGCCGUCGACGCCGCGCCCAGCUCGGGCCGCCGAAGAGUGGGCGCGUCCGACCUUGCCAGUUCCUGAACGCCUCGUGCUCUGGUCCCUUGGCUCCCACUGUUGGCGGCCUCGUGCUUGUCCGGCACGGCUGCGCUGUCCGCAUCCUAUCCAUGUUGCAACUAGGCCGCCGUCGAAGCAUGCUGCACGUACCCCGGCGUGCCUUCUUGCUGCACACAGCCUCUUGCGAACCGUCCAUCAACUUUCUGCAAAUAACCCCUGAUCCGCCAAUCAUCUCUACCACCCUCUGUCUGAGGAUGCAAACUCGUAAUCUCGAGCGAAAAGAGCUGUCCAGGCGAGGAAUUGGCAUAUCGCGGCUAAAUGCACAACGGGACUACGUCGCAGCCCGCGGCGUGGCCGCACCACAUAGGCUCACUCCAUCGGCACCUCGGUGGCUUGUGUGCUCCCCAAGCUACCAAAGGUGCGCCAUCACCUUACCACCGGUGCCAGUCCCCGGUGAGGCUUUUCGGGUGACUGGUACAGCUCGAACGCUUUGGUUACACGCGAGAUGCCACAGCUUUCGUAUACUCGAUCAGCACUGCCGCAUCUUGUUCAGUCGUUCGAUAUUCGAGCGGGUUGGGCCACGUGUGCGCGAGCGAAGUUCGGCUCCAGCAAACCCUGCCGAUUGCUCCUGCGAAUGUGAGAAAUGCAAGGUGAAUCUUGAGGAGGUGGCACAGGCUGUGCGUCAUUGUAAUUGGGGUUUUCCUGCGGCCUUGUCGUGGGCAUACGGCUUGAUCACUAUUGUACCAACACGGAUUUAUGUAUAGCGGCUAGCAUCGUCUCAUUCCCAUCCAGCACAGAUGCGGCAUCAUGCUGCUCGCCGUCACCUACUGACCAGGGCAGACUUCCCGGUUCAUGGGAGGUUUGCAUGGUCUCGAUGACUAGCAUAUGUCCUUGCGCCAUUGUGAGGUCCGUCAAAUGGCCAACAGCUGCAGCUA